GACCGUCUGGCAACAUCCGUGAUUGUACCAAGUUUUCCCCCUUACAGGAAAAGCCACAUACAUUUCACAUGUGCAAAAACCCAUGGGAUCACACAAGAAAAACAAAUCGCCACUUGUUUCAUAUGUGAAAUUCAUGCUGUCCACGUGUGAAAAACAUGAAGUUCAUUUGCUUUCUGUAAGGGCUUUAAUGCAACAAUAUAAGACCAUGCUGCACAUUUACAAUGUUUUAAUGCUAAAAUAGUGUAUAGAUACAUACCACUUGUUUUACAUGUUGUAAUGUGCAUGGCAUAAAUGUAAAUGAUUUAUGUGAUAUUUAUUGUAUGUAAACUGGAUAAAACAUUUGACAUUUAAAAACUAUUUAAAUUAUUACAUGUUGUAAGUUGCAGGUAUAAUGCAAAGAAAACUUAUUGCACUUUUUUUCCCUCAUCAGCCUGUUGUCAAAUAAGAUCGUUUUGGAUUUCAACAUAACAACUCUUAAAUGUUAUUCUUUCAAAAGCUGUUUUGUUUAGGUGGCAUGAAUGCAGUCCAAUAGUCCUAACUACCGUAUAGUACGUAAAAAUACUGAAUGAACCAAAUAUCUUUUAACAUGUUUCAUGUGUUAUAAAAUACUCCAAAUUACAACAAAAUUCAUAAUAUAUAUUAUUAACCACAUGCUGCAAUUUAAAGAAUUAGUCAAACAACACACUGUUUUACAUUCAGUGAAAACAACUGGUUUGUGUUAUAAGAGUCAUUGUUUUGGCCUAAGUCCCGCAGUGUAUUUCGCCUAGUGGAUAAGAUGAAGCAGUGCAGAAAACAUAAAGUAAUAUAAUGUGCUGUUUUAUCGUUAUCUAGGGUAGGGAACAAUAAAUGAUAAAUGUUUGCAACUUUGUGGAAUUUGGAAUGGCUUAUAUAAUGUCUCUCUUCUUCUCCACUUCAAUGUUCACAUUUCCCAGUCCUGAACAAAUACUCGGUCUGCACACUCACAGAGAAUCCUACAUCUCCUUUAACAUCAUGAUCCUUAACGUCAUUUACGACAGCCUUGAUUUUAAGAGCUGGAUGAUUUUGAUUUUUGUUUUACUGAUUUUGUAUGAUGUUUUCAAAAAUAAGAAUCCAUCUAAUUUCCCCCCGGGACCCUUGUCUUUACCAUUUCUGGGAACUAUCUUUACUGAGAUGAAUUUUAAGACCAUGGAUAAGUUGACUGAAGUCUACGGAAAAGUAUUCGGUUUGAGAGUGGGCAGUCAGAAACUGGUAGUCAUUUCUGGUUACAAACUGGUAAAGGAGGCCCUGAUUGAACAUGAUGGCUUUGUUGACCGUCCAGCUGUUCCCAUAUUUUACAAAACAUUUAAGGGAAUAGGCAUAGUUAUGAGCAAUGGAUAUCUGUGGCGUAUGCAUAGGAAGUUUGCUCUCUUUAAUAUGAGGAACUUUGGAGAUGGAAAAAAAAACCUAGAGCUUGGGAUGCUGCAAGAGUGUGUUUACCUUUGUGAUGCCUUUAAGUCGGAAAAGGCACCAUUCAAUCCCCAGGUCAUAUUAAACAGCGCUAUCUCAAAUAUUAUUGCCUGCUUGGUGUUUGGAAAACGCUUCGACUAUCAUGAUGAAAAUUACCAAACCUUUCUGCGUCUUGACACUGAAUGUGUUCAGCUAGCCGGCUUAACUAGGACACAGUUGUACAAUGUGUGUCCUUGGCUUUUUGAAUACAUACCUGGCCCUCACCAAAAAAUGUUUGCCAACUAUAAGAAGAUCACAGAUUUCCUUAGGGGAGAGAUUAAAAAACACAAAGAGGACUGGGACCCUUUAAACCCUCGUGACUUUAUAGACAGCUACCUGGCAGAGAUGGAGAAGAGAAAGAGUGACCCUGAAGCUGGCUUUAAUAUAGAAAGUUUAGUGGUGUCUUGCCUUGACAUGCUUGAAGCUGGGACAGAGACAGCAGCAACCACAUUACGCUGGGGUUUGCUCCUUAUGAUAAAGUUUCCAGAAAUACAGGUAAAGGUCCAAGAAGAGAUAGAUCAAGUCAUUGGGCAGAUUCGUCAACCAAGCUUGGCUGACAAAGUUCACAUGCCUUACACUGAAGCCGUACUGCAUGAGAUUCAAAGAUUUGGUAAUGUUGUGCCACUGGGAUUCCCAAAACUAGCUACUAAAGACACUAUGAUAGGAAAAUACUUCAUUCCAAAGGGUACUGCCGUUACAACAAACCUUUCUUCAGUUCUGAAUGAUCCAGAUGAAUGGGAAACACCCCAGACCUUUAACCCUCAACACUUUCUGGGUGAUAAAGGCCAGUUUCGAAAGAGAGAUGCCUUCGUACCAUUUUCAAUAGGUAAGAGAGCAUGUGCGGGAGAGCAGUUGGCCCGUAUGGAGCUUUUUCUGUUCUUCACCUCCAUACUGCAGCGGUUUACUGUCUCUAAAUGUCCAGGAGAGGAGCCCAGUUUGGAAGGAGAGAUGUGGUUCACAUACGCUCCUUCUCCCUUCCGCAUUUGUGUGACCUCACGUUAGACUCAAUGUGAGAGUGAAAGAUAUUUGGUUGCAAUAUAUUAUGAGGAAAAGAAAAUCUUAUUAUUAAAUAUUUGUAUUAUUUUACUGUUUCAUAUCAUGUAUUCUGUAAAGCUACAUUUUAACAAUGUACAUUGCGGAAAGCACUACACAAAUAAAAAGUAUUUGAUUGAUUACUACUGGAAAAUCAUGAAAGUAUAAUCUUGUAUUAAAUAGAGAGGGUUUCUAAGUUCUCAUUUUUUUGUCUCAAAGUAUGACUUUAGUACAAUUGAUAUAUGAUUGAUGUAAUACUUCAAGUUCUAUUGUUCAUAUCACAUUAUAAUUUCCUAUAAAUUAAUGGACAGCUUUAGUGUUUUUACACCCAUAUGAUAUUUCAAAUGUUGUAAUGUGCACGGCACACUAUGAAAAUUAAUGAAGUGAUAUUUACUGUAUGUAUAAACUGUAAAAAAAUUAAAUUCUCAUAUGUUGCAAGUUGGAGGUGUGUUGUUUAGGUGGCAUGAAUGCAAUCCAAUAGUCCCAACUAUAAUACUGUACGUAAAAAUACAGAAUAAUCUAAAUAUUUGUUAAAUGGCACCUUUGUGUGAUUCA